GAUGAAAUAACAGCACCAAACAUAAUUUUCAUUGUGUAGAAGUAAAUAAUUAAUUUAAAUUUAACUAAUUGAAAAAUAUGGAAAAACAACUAGAUUUUGUUUUAUUCGCAAUCAUAUAUCUUAGAUUAUUCCAGCAGUUUAAAGUAGAUGUACACGAUUUAAGUUUAAAUAAAUUGGUUUUAGUGUAGGCAGUUUGAGAAUCAAAUAGAUUUGUGAGAAAGAGAAUAUUUAAUUAGAUGAUAAUGCUGUAAGAUCGGUAUUUGUAUUGUGUUCUGAUGAUAUGAUUAUUAGAAUGGCACAUCCCGAUUAAUCAAAUAGAUUUUAGAAUAUUUGA